AUGGGAUUAAAGACCAAGGAAAGGCUUUCGACGAGCUAUAGAAAAGAUACCUUUGAUAUUGAUCACAUUUCAACAAUAUCGGAUAGUGAUGAGGAAGUUCCAAACCUAGAUGAAAGUAGUGAAGAAGACACUUUGGAAAAUAAUGAAGAAUCAAACUUGAAAAUCACCAAGAGCAGCAAAAGUACUCAGCAUCAAAGGAACGACUUCAAUGGGAGCUUUGCUUUUGCUUUGAAUUAUAAUGGUGAAGAGGAAAAGAGCUUUGAUGGAUGGAAUUUUGAGGUAGAAGGGAAGGAAAGCUCUAUAAACAAAGACGUAGAUCUUGAUAACAUAAUCAAGAGAAAAGGAGGACUUUCUGGCAACAUUUUGGAAUUGGAACGCAAACAUAUUGAGCAGCAAGAGGUGCAAGGAGGGAGCCAUAGUUCCGAUGAAGAGCUAGCUUUUGAUGGUUUUGGGAUGGGGGUUUCCCACAGUGAAGUCACCGAACCUAGCGACACUGGCAGUGAUAAUGAUACAGAAACCUCUGCUAGCAGUGACGACGAAUCGGGCGCUGUUCACCAAGUUGAGGACAACUCAGAUACCCAUUUGAAUGUUGGCACCACUUCUGAAAAUAAGAUAGAUGGUAAUGAGAUAGCAAGCGAAAAUGCGGACUCUCCAGAUGCUAUAGCUAGCUAUUUUGCUUCUGAUGAACAAUCGAAAUCUCUCCAACCCGAGCAUCAAAGUUUUCAAUCACUCAAGCUUUCGAGACCAAUUUUGAAGGCGUUAUCAGUUUUGGGGUACAGCAAACCUUCUGCAAUUCAAAGUGCUUCAAUACCUAUCGCUUUGUUGGGUAAAGACAUCGUUGCAGGUGCGGUCACGGGAUCUGGCAAAACAGCAGCUUACAUGAUUCCUAUUGUUGAAAGAUUACUGUACAAGCCUUCCAAGAUGCCAUCUACGAGAGUCAUUGUGUUAGCUCCUACAAGAGAACUUGCUAUUCAGGUGGCGGAUGUGGGCAAGAAAAUUGGUCAAUUUGUCAAUGGAUUGACAUUCGGUUUAGCUGUGGGUGGCUUAAAUUUAAGGCAACAGGAGCAGGAAUUGAAAAAGAGGCCAGAUAUAGUUAUUGCAACCCCAGGACGGUUGAUUGACCACAUUAGAAAUUCGGUUUCUUUCAAUGUAGAUUCCGUGGAAGUUCUUGUGUUUGAUGAAGCAGAUAGAAUGUUGGAAGAGGGUUUUCAGAAGGAGCUCACUGAAAUUCUUUCUCUUCUCCCUUUGAACCGUCAAACAAUGCUCUUCUCGGCGACAAUGAACUCAAGAAUUAAAUCACUCAUUCAGCUUUCUCUCAAAAAACCAGUUAGAAUAAUGAUAGGAGCACCAAAGGCGGCAGCUUCUGAGUUGGUUCAGGAGUUCGUGAGGAUCAGAAAACGUGAAAGUUCAAAACCUGCAUUGCUGUUCAGCAUUCUUUCUGAGAUGGACGGUAUACACAGCAGAGUUAUUGUGUUUGUGUCAAGGAAAGAGAUGGCACAUCGAUUACGGAUAUCUUUAGGCCUUUUGGGUCUGAAGGUUUCUGAGCUACAUGGUUCAUUAACACAGGAGCAAAGGCUGAAAGCCGUUGUUGACUUCAAAAACUUGACUGUUCCAAUACUCAUUUGCACUGAUCUUGCAGCAAGAGGCCUUGAUAUACCCAAAAUCGAGCUUGUCAUAAAUUUCGACAUGCCAAAGACAUACGAGAUCUAUUUACAUAGGGUUGGAAGAACUGCUAGAGCAGGUAGAAAAGGAUUGUCCAUAUCCUUCGUUGGCGAAAGUUCUCAGGACAGGAAUAUAGUGAAAGAAGCCAUCAAACAGGUUGAGACUGAAAAUGCCGGAAAAGCCAUUGGAAGAAAUGUUAGUUGGGAAAAUGUUGAAAAGAUUCAUAGCAUUCUGCAAGGAAAAGAAUCUGUUAUAUCCGAUAUUUUAAAUGAGGAAAAGCAGGAAAAGGAGCUUCUCAAGGCCGAGCAAGAAAUCAAAAAAGGCGAAAACAUAUUGAAUUUUGAGCACGAAAUUAAGUCAAGACCCAAGCGAACCUGGUUUAUGACCUCACAGCAGAAGAAAAAGGAAUCAGACAAGCUGAGUUUGGAAAAUCAGAAAGAUAAAAAACUGAACAGCAAGAAACGUAAAGCGCUAGAAGCACAGGAAAAUUCUGAACGAGUCUAUAAGAAGACAAAAAGCGAUCGCUUACAAUCGAACUCCUCGUCAAGGAAACCGAAAAGUAAAAGUGGCAAGCAUUAA